GGGCGCAUCGGGAGGGUUGCCGCCGGUCCGUCACACCGUCGCCAUGGACCGCCGGUCUUCGGUCGCCGAUUGCCUCCGGGACUGGGAGGAGCUGCAGGACGGCUUCCAGCUCGUGCAGGAAACUCAAAAGCAAUACAAACAGAAGCUGGAAGAGCUGACAAAGCUCCAAAGCAACAUCUCCAGCUCCAUUUCACGACAGAAAAAGCAACUAAAGGAGCUCUCUCUGGCUCUUAAGAAGUACAAGUCUCUCCCUGACAAGGAGCAGGACGAGGAUGCUCUCGAAGAACUGCAAAACAUGAUCAAAGAGAGACAGGAUGUCUUUUUUGAAAUGGAAGCAUACUUGCCAAAGAAGAAUGGGUUGUACCUGAAUCUGGUGCUGGGAAAUGUGAACGUCACUCUGCUGAGCAAACAAGCCAAGUUUGCAUAUAAGGAUGAGUACGAGAAGUUCAAGCUUUAUCUCACCAUCAUUUUGCUCAUUGUCUCCUUCACCUGCCGCUUCCUCCUUAACUCCAGGGUAACUGAUGCUGUCUUCAAUUUUCUCCUGGUCUGGUAUUACUGCACACUGACAAUUCGAGAGAGCAUCUUGAUCAACAAUGGUUCUAAGAUUAAAGGCUGGUGGGUGCUUCAUCACUACAUUUCCACCUUCCUCUCAGGUGUCAUGCUGACUUGGCCAGAUGGCCUUAUGUACCAGAAGUUCAGAAACCAGUUCCUCACAUUCUCCAUGUAUCAGAGCUUUGUCCAGUUUCUUCAAUAUUAUUACCAGAGUGGUUGCCUGUACCGGCUGAGAGCUCUGGGUGAACGACACACCAUGGAUCUCACUGUGGAAGGUUUCCAGUCCUGGAUGUGGAGAGGCCUCACUUUCCUGCUUCCGUUCCUCUUCUUCGGCCAAUUCUGGCAACUGUUCAAUGCUGUCACACUCUUCCAACUAGCCAGCCAUCCAGAAUGCAAAGAAUGGCAGGUCCUGAUGUGCGCCUUUCCCUUCCUCACCCUCUUUGUUGGCAACUUCUUCACCACAUUACGAGUUGUUCACCAGAAAUUCCAGAAGACCAAGAAGGAAUGAGCCUUCAAGUGCCUCUCCCCCUUCCUGGUUAUCACUGUUGGAGGGAACGCUACUACUCUGCUGACCGAAGGAUCCACAGUACGCUGGGUGUUCUCCUCUUCCUCCUGCCUCCCUGUGAUUCUCUUGCAUACAGAUGUCAAUGAAACCACGUCUGAAUAGUGCUUCUACCCCUAGCGUGGGGCCUUGAGGCCUUCCUGCUGCCAAAAGGAACUCUGGACUUAAUCAGGUGUGAGAUUCAAGGAUUAGGGUAAAGUACUAUAUGAGGAACUCAAGUGACUCUUGGAUACAACUCCCAGCUGACACCUGCAUGGUUUUUGUACCCUUCCUCCAAAGCAGGGGGCUGUCUGCCCAAACUGAGUCACAGGAAAAGGAAGGGAGCAGGUUCAGCCUAGGCCAUCUAAUGUUUAUUACUGAGGACAUUAACUGUAUUAUUGGAAGCAGAUUAUAUGGGCAAAGAGUGUUCUCACUAUUUCUGCUGGGUUGAUUUUUUCCUCCCCAUCUCCAGAAAUGUUCCCCUAUCCUAGAUUUCUUCCUUACUAUGAGUGGAGGGGACAGUUUCUCAGCUACACCUUCAAUACAGAGCCUGAUUUCCCUC